GAUCAAGACCUCAUUACCAUCACCCAAAGUCAUUCAACGCAAAGCUUCAUCAAUACCUUCAAUUCAAGAAUGAGCCGUCAUCAUCCAUACGCAGGCUAUGAUGAGCCUCGUGGUGGUGGUGGUCAUCGUAGAAACGGAUCCUCCGGUCGAUUUCCCACACGUGGUGCCUCAGGACCCUCUGGUGCUUGGCACAGUCGGCGAGGAGGCCAUGGCGGCCCAGGACAAAACUGGGAAAAUGAUUCAUCAAGCGGCAGAGGUUACGGUGAUUUUGGACAAUUUGAGCACGAUGCUCCCACGAGCAUGUAUACUGGAGGUCGAGGAGGGAAGGGUGGAAGAGGCAGAGGUUCAAGAGGCAAAGUAAAGGGUCAAAUGUCUAGAGGCGAUGUCGACGAGCGCGACCUUUCCAUUGACGAGCGCAUUCAACGAGAAAGACCUUGUCGGACACUGUUUGUACGAAACGUCAAGUAUGAGACAAACCCAAUGGAAGUACGCGAGAAAUUCGAUCAAAUGGGAGAGAUUAAGACUUUCUUCGACUUGAUCUCUAAUCGCGGGAUGGUAUUCAUCACAUACUAUGAUGUCCGAGCUGCAACUAUGGCUAAAGAACAACUACAAGGUAGCGAAGUAUCAGGAAGACCAAUCGACGUACAUUACUCCUUACCUAAAGACAACGAGUUAGAGAGAAGAUGCGACCGAGACAAAAACCAGGCUACCCUUUUUCUCGCCAUCAGUGGUGCCAACCGAGCAAUUGACGAUGGGGAGUUAAACGACAAAUUCAGCGUAUACGGCGAGAUCAGAAGUAUUAAACAUUUCAAAGACUCUCCAUAUCAACGAUUUAUAGAGUUCUGGGAUAGUCGAGCUUGUGAAGCUGCCCAUGAUGAUUUGGUCGGUUCUCAAUAUCUUGGAGGAAAGCUAGAUCUCAAGUUUUCUUGGGACACUGGAAUGGUACCUAAAACUAGAUUGCCUAGGGACAUGAGGGGAGGAGAUCACCGAGGCGAUGGGCAUUCGGGUGGUGCCACACAUUACGACCAAGAAUAUGGAUAUAACAGCAGGAAUGGAGCUUCUGAUUAUGGGCGUGGUCCUCCUGCCCACGCAGGUCAUGGAGGCGGAGGCUAUAGAUAUGGUGACAACAGUUACGAUAACGGCUCUCAGCUCGACAUGGGACAAGCGAAUCCUGGACAUCCUUUCUCGACAUCUUAUGGAGGUGAUUAUAACAAUGCCUCGAGGAUGCAAGGUCCAUCAGGCUCUAAUGCCGUCAACGCCUUCAAUGGCGGUGUCAAUUCAUUCAGUCACAUGAACCAAGAUCCCUCUCAUAUGUCUUUUGCGAAUUCAAGCAUUCCUAACACCCAAAGCAUGGGAAAUGGUUAUCCCAUCCCAAACAUCUCUGGUGAGAGCGGAGGAAGCCGUCUCAAUCAAGCACAAAAAGUCCAAGACUUGCUCGCUUCUUUAACCAAGGUAGGCGGCUUGGCAGUGGCACCUACGCCAGAAGCCCACCCAGGUUCACAGCUUAAUCCGUCAAGCGCGCCAAUGUCCAAUCCAGGCACACAGUCCAUGUAUGGUACUUUGGGCAACCCAGCUGCAUCUAAUAGUUAUGCAUCAACGUAUCCUACACAAUCUUCGAUUCCUGAAAAUAUGUAUCGAUCGACGUCAAACGCAUUACUAGGUUUGAGCACUCCAGCCAGUCAAAUUCCUGCAAACUCUCCUUACGGUCAGGUUCCAAACCUAGUCAAUCACAUCACAGUAGAUCAGACUCAUCAACCAAAUGGUUCUCAGCCUUCGGCCGUUGCUUCAGGCUCCUUACCAUCGGUCCCUGGAGCUGGACAAUUGACACCUGCGAUCUUGGCGCUCUUAGGACAAGCAUCAGCUGCUGCCACUUCGAACACGGCAUUACCUGAUACAUCCAAUAAAGCGAUCCUCCCUGGUCAGGACUCAGCUGCAGCAUAUCCACCCUCUAAUGGAUUUCAAUUACCGGUCUAUGGCGCACCAACAAAUGCCUCUGCGACCCCUGCAUCGAAUGAAGUCCCUACCGGCCCUAGAGCUAUGAGUACGGUGUACCCUGCCACUGCUACAGCCACUACACGCGCGCCAACUGCCUCUGGUACUGUUGGAAACGUACAAUCAGAGGCGCCUGUAAAUCCUUCUCCUCAAGUCGCCGUUCAACAGUUGUUAGCGCUACUGACUCCUGACUUUGUGGUUUAUGAUCACGCUUGA